AUUGGCGGCGGGUGCUGGGGCCGCGCUGCAUCCUGGAAGUGGCCGUCCGUCCCCUCUGCGCCCCAUUGUGUCUGCGCUUACCUUUUGUCUUGUACCUAACGGAGGGACGGCCUGGAGUUUAGUUUGGGUGUAUACUUGGCUGGGAUGUUGUUCACUGAUGGACUCUUCUAGUACCAGGAGGGAAAGUCGGGAAAUGUUGACUUGUUAGGUUGUAGAACGGAAAGACAUACUCGACCCAAGACAGAAACCAACAGAUUUAACGGAAAGAAGCGCUACACUUAAGUCAUUGUAGUGACUUAUGUUCCGGUUCCCUAGGAUCACCUCAUCAAUUGUGCAAUAACAGGCUCCAAGCAUGGUUUUCUUGGAGCUUGCGUCAGUUGAUUGCCUCAUGCCUGAGUGAAGACGUGCGGAUGCGAGGGGAAGAAAAGGUCCAGAGCUUCUCCAAAGUGCAUGCCUGCAAGACACAGACGUGUGCAUAGCAAAACGCGCUUACUGGGUGGGUUUCUAAGGAAUCCCGAGGAGAAAUCUAACAAUGAAAUACUAUAGUCCAGUCUUUUUUUAAUUUGCACAGUGGGACGGGAAAUUCCAAGCCAAUGGAUGACUUCUCUGUUGUGAGAGGCUGAUCUCACAGAUAAUAAUUUGCUUUUCGAAUAUUUAGUGCAGUGGUCCUUGGGAGGGAAGGGCUAGGCUGGAGGUCAGACGCAAUUAACAACGGUUUUCCCGAACUCGGCCCACCUUAUGCUGCUGUGUCCCUAGACCUAGACAUCCAGGAUUUAGGGAAAGCAAACUCAAAAUGUACUACCCCCAUCUUUCUGCGUGAUCUGCACCUUUAAGCUUACUACUCCAUUUCAAAGCGGACCCUGGAGGCACCGCCCACAUCCGUCUAACAUCACUUCCUUCAGUGUUUGGGAGAAAGAAAAAAAAGAAAAAAGAAAUCUGGGAACCCGAGGGGUUGGCCUGAGCGGCGAUAGGAGAGCGGACCGGACCUGCUGCAGGGAAUCCUGUGUUCUUCAGUCCCGUGGCCCUGUGCAACUACCACCAUGGAGAUGUCGCUUCGUUUCGAGGCCACCUGUUUGCUCUGCUGCAGUUUCCUGCUCCUCAUCACUUCUUCAGAUGGUCGCACUGGGCUUGGAAAGGGCUUUGGAGAUCAUAUUCACUGGAGGACGUUAGAAGACGGGAAGAAAGAAGCAGCUGCAAGUGGCUUGCCGCUGAUGGUGAUCAUCCAUAAGUCUUGGUGUGGAGCUUGCAAAGCUUUAAAACCCAAAUUUGCAGAAUCUACAGAAAUUUCAGAACUGUCCCAUAACUUUGUUAUGGUAAAUCUGGAGGAUGAAGAAGAACCCAAGGAUGAAGAUUUCAGCCCUGAUGGGGGUUAUAUUCCACGCAUCCUUUUCUUGGAUCCCAGUGGCAAGGUGCGUCCUGAGAUCAUCAAUGAGGGUGGAAACCCCAGCUACAAAUAUUUCUACGCCAGUGCCGAGCAAGUUGUUCAGGGCAUGAAGGAAGCUCAGGAGAGGCUGACAGGUGAUGCCUUCAGAGAGAAACACCUUCAAGAUGAGCUGUGACAUGAAGGAGUGUUCUGGAAGAAAAGCAGCAGGAAUCCUGAGGAAUCACCCAGAACAGUUCAACCACCAGGAAACCAAGCUUCUACCUACACCGGCAGGAGCUCUCACUGUGGAAGAGGCUUGCUGCUGAAGCGGGUCCAUGCAUCCAGCAGCAUGGCCAUGUCUUCUGCUCCCUCUCUCCUAACUAGCCAUUCCUUUGAAUGUAAAGGAUAAAACUGUCUGGUACAAAACUUGAGCCACUUGGAGAUUUGCUCCACGUCAGUAUUUGCCUCCUUGCCCGUUUCCUCCUGCUGUGCUCAUGCUGAAGUGAACGGAGAUGGGAAGUAGCUUUUCUAUAGUGUUUCUAAAGACGUCAUUCUCCUUUUCUCUUGGUGAUCAUCCUGGGCUUCUUCCUCAAUUCCUGUGGCCUUCCUUCUCUGUGCAGGCCUCCCUGCUCGCACGAAUGUGUGUCACGAUCGGCCGUGUGCUGGGACUCAGCCCCAGCUGGAAGCAUGCUUUCCCCAUUGCUGUUAGAGAAACCCAAACCUUCAAGCCCUGAGUGGAGCCAUUUUGUCAAUUCAUCAACUGUAUUUUUGUACUGGGGUUAAAACAAGAAAAGAUAAGAUAUUAAUUAUUUCACUAAGCUUUAAUAAAACUUUAAACAGA